UGUCCCUGUCGAGUCCGUCAUCGGCGGCGUGUAUGCCAUUCUUGCGAAAUGUUGACCGUCGGACAUUGCACUAAAGUUGCCGUGAGACCCCAGCCUGGACGCAGAAGCAACAUUUUGCGGGGAGAGCGCUGAGGAGGAACGAGUUUUCUGUGCCGAAGAAGAGUUUGAGAGAAUCUUCAGGUUGCUCCUUGUCUCGUGUUGCCGGAGCGAAGCUCGACUUUGCGGAGUUUUGAGAAAGGCAUCUGGGUGACCACUGCUGUGCUGGAUAGUACCGACAAGCCUUGGGAAGUUUUUUACACGACGUGGUUGACAGUAGUCGCACACAAGAGUCUGUGAUGGUGUGAGGAUCAGUGGGCCGCUCUUGAGCAAUGAGGGGCAUGGUGGUCAGACACCACCUCUGGAUAGUUGUGGCACCAUUCGUGUUCUUGGGCAUAUGGACAUCGCAUGGACAGGCCGUUACUCCUUCCAACCGACCCGUCAUCAAAAUAGGGGCACUGUUCACGGAGGACCAACGAUCAUCUGCAAUGGAGCUGGCUUUUAAGUACGCCGUCAUCCGUAUCAACAAGGACAAGCACCUACUUCCCAACAUCACCCUCAACUUCGAUAUCCAGCACAUACCCAAAGGAAACUCCUUCCGGGCGGCAAAACUAGCUUGCAACCUUAUCAGCUCUGGCGUGGCGGCCAUUUUCGGUCCCAACGACCCGAUGAUCGGCGCUCACAUACAGUCGUUAUCGGACUCCUUAGAUAUCCCGCACAUCGAGAGUCGACUAGACCUAGAGCCCGACGUGAAGGACUGCUCCAUAAACCUUCAUCCUGACCCCCAGAUCACGGGCAAGUCGAUUAGGGACCUGGUUGCCUACCUCAACUGGACACGCAUUGCCGUGCUGUAUCAAGACGAUAUCUCUUUGAUCAGUCUGCAAGAAUUAGUGCGGCCGUUUCCCCCGAAGAACGUGCAGUACUUGUUCCGGAGGGCGGAUAACUUCACGGCCACGCUAAUGGACAUCAAGAGCCGAGGCAUCUACAGCAUGAUCAUCGAUGUCCGACCUCAAAACCUUACUGCCUUUCUUAGAGCCAUUCUCCAAAUUCAAAUGAACGAUUACAAGUACCAUUACCACUUUGCAACAUACGACAUUGAAGCCUACAACUUAGAAGACUUUCAGUACAACUUUGUGAACAUCACGGCCUAUCGCAUGGUGGACUCUGAGAACGCCACUGUUCGUGAAACCAUGCGGGACAUGGAAAGGUUCCAGCCUUUUGGACAGAAUAUCCUCAACAAAAGCACCGUUAUAAUCACUGAACCGGCACUGAUGUUCGAUGCAGUAUACGCCUUCGCGCACGGCCUAAACGAUCUGCAGAGAAGCACCACUCUAAGGCCCUCCAACGUGUCCUGCGAUGACGAAGUGUCCUGGACUGAAGGCACCAGCCUGUUUAACCUCAUUAGCAUGGUUGACUUCUACGGUCUCACGGGAAAUAUACGGUUCAACGAAGGGAAUCGAACGAGCCUGAAACUUGAUUUGCUCAAGCUGAAGCAAAAUUCUCUAGAGAAGGUUGGAGAGUGGUCCACAUCCGAUGGGCUGAACAUCACAAACCACAACGCCUUUCACGACUUCGGCACGACGAAUGUCACCCUCCGCGUAACGACGAUUGAGUCUCGACCGUAUGUGAUGAUGAAGCAAAACAAAAACCUGACGGGAAACGACCGCUUCGACGGUUUCUGCAUCGACCUCUUACGAACCAUCGCCGACUUACUAGGCUUCAACUACGAACUCUACCUAGUGCCCGACAAGAAAUUCGGCGUCGAGAAUACGACGACGAACGAGUGGAACGGCAUGGUUCGGGAGAUCAUCGACAAGAACGCAGACUUGGCUGUGGCGCCCAUGACCAUCAACUACGCCCGGGAGUCUGUUAUCGACUUCACAAAACCCUUCAUGAAUCUGGGGAUAGGUAUCCUGUUCAUGAUCCCAUCAGGCAUGCCAGUAAAGCUCUUCUCGUUCAUGAGUCCUCUGGACGUGGACAUUUGGCUGUACGUGCUCGCAGCCUACAUCAUGGUGUCGACCACGAUGUUCAUCGUGGCCCGGUUCAGCCCCUACGAGUGGCGAAGUCCGCACCCGUGUGCGCGGGACAGCAGCGUUAUGGAGAACCAGUUCAGCCUAGGCAAUAGCUUCUGGUUCACGAUCGUUACCCUGAUGCACCAGGGCUGCGACCUCAACCCGAAGGCCAUGUCGACACGCAUCGUGGGCGCCAUCUGGUGGUUCUUCACGCUAAUACUCAUCUCAUCGUAUACUGCCAAUUUAGCGGCAUUCCUCACUGUCGAACGCAUGAUCACACCCAUUGAGAGCGUCGAAGACCUCGCCGAGCAGAGCAAAAUCGCUUACGGGACUCUCGACUCGGGUUCUACUAUGACCUUCUUCCGGGAUUCCAAGAUUGAGACGUAUCAGAAGAUGUGGCGGUACAUGGAAAACAGGCCGACGGUUUUUGUCGGUUCUUACGAAGAUGGCGUUCAACGAGUGCUGCAAGGCAACUACGCGUUCCUCAUGGAGUCUACAAUGCUGGAUUUCAUGGUGCAGAGAGACUGUAAUUUGACUCAAGUUGGUGGGCUCCUCGAUUCCAAGGGAUACGGAAUCGCUACUCCUAUUGGAUCUCCUUGGAGGGACAAGAUUUCUUUGGCCAUUCUUGACCUCCAGGAGAAGGGUGUGAUACAAAUGCUGUACAACAAGUGGUGGAAGAGCCCGGGUCUCACCUGCAACAGGGAUGACAAGAAUAAAGAGGGCAAGGCCAAUGCCCUGGGCUUGGCCAACAUCGGAGGCGUGUUUGUUGUGCUACUGUGUGGAUUGGCAGUCGCAGUGAUGACGGCAAUCGUGGAGUUCUGCGUCAAUUCCAGGAAACACGCUACAAACGACAGGAACUUGGUAUUCUGUUCCACGCAGCAAUCUCUGUGCUCCGAGAUGGCGGAAGAGCUGCGGUUCGCCGUCCGCUGCCGAGCGUCCCGCCAGCGACCCGCUCUGCGGCGGCAGUGCUCCAAGUGUAUUCCCGGUACCACGUACGUGCCCGCGGCUAUGGACCUCCCGCAGGAGAACGGCAUCUUGCAGAUGCUGGAGAUGCGGAAGUCACCCGUUCAUUUCGACUGCGGUGGCACCGACUCCUAGCAGAGAGCUCACGGGGCGAACAGCGUCGCCUCGUCCUCGAACUACGACGUGCCCCAGCUGUGCUACCUGGGCGCGCGACACCCAAACAGCCUGCAUUCCGCAUCAACAUCCACCAUUCAGCAGGACGUUCCUAUGCGAUGUCCUGUGCAUCAUCCAAGGCCAUCGCCUUCUUGAGGGUUUCUCAAACCAGGACACAGCCGGUGUCUCCCGCGGGAUGUCCUACAGACUGCUCAGUGUUCAUCGUGGCACGUUGACUACUCGGUGUGAACCGUUCUUCAUCUACAUCACCGGUUCAUUUCCUAUUUGUUUCGAAGGUGCUGCACUUUGUGAGUGCAGACUUUCGAUGACGAUUGCCUCUAGGCUGUAGCUUGGACUUGAUAACCAAUUACACGCGUGUACUUUAGGGAAUGAAAUUGUCCUAAUUGUACAUACCUGCGUUUGGACGGUGCAGAUAGUCGAAUAUGUCGACGCUAAUGCAAUAUCUUCUAGUGAAACCAGUGAGAUCAUAUAUUUUAGUAUACAGAUCUAUGUGUGUUGUUGCUUGUUGUAGGGAGAAUGGCGUUGAUGCCGACUCACAAGUAUAUGUUAACUCCUUACGACAGCGUGGUUGAAAUUUUUCCACCGCGGGAGGUUUUUGUUACACUGGCUCGUUUGUUUAAUGUAGCUUGUUUAGGCACUUACGAGGUUGUUUAUGCGGAAAACGUUUUUUUAUUCCCAUAACGACAACAAGAGGCAAUCUGGAUUGUUUACUCGAUAUAGUCUUCAAAAUUACACUGUGACUAUGGCCUAUCGUGGCACAGCUUUACGGAGCUUCAACGCAUAAUUUUGAACUCUACACAACAUCUUCUUUGCGAAAUCAUAAGGGCCGAUAUAUACCGAUGCAUUUACUAGGCGAUAAAGCUAUCUCUUCUUUGUAGGGAAAGGGGGGGGGCGCAGGAUGGGAACCUUCGCUUUGCUAGUAAUUCAUGAUCAGGAGACUGGUGAACAUACGGAUCGCGGUACGAUAUGCACAGCUACGUACGCUAGAGUGCUAUUUAAAUUUACUGCUUGUGCUGAUCCCUAUGUUUAGCAGCUCUAGGUGCAUUGAUCGCGAAUUACUCGCGGGUUGCCUGCUUGCUUGCUUCUCUGCGUCAAGAUAACGUUCUGCUGAAUGAGUCUAAAACAACACGUGCUCUCUUCCAUUGUACACGCGUCAUAACUUGCCCUGACUUCAUGCAUCAGUAGAUCGAGGUAUAAUCAUCGGAACAGAAGGCGCACAUAACUUGAAUAAAGCCUCAUCAUCCGGGCACCCCACUAAUCAUCAUUUGACUUAUCCUCAAAGGAUUUACCGUUAGUUUUUCAAAUCCUUCCAAGGGCGACAGUGUUUGACCAUAUUGUCAGGUGCCGACAUUCCGUCUGUCGUCACGUGCACUGAC